GCGAGCAAGAUCGGACGUCCGAUCGGACCCGACGAUGGCGAACCAUCUGGAGGGCCUGGUGGAGACGAUAAAGUCGAAGGUGCGGGCGCUGAAGAAGACCAAGAAGCCGUACGUGAAGAUGGACAAGAGCUCCAGCGUGAAGGUGGAGAUCCGCAGCCGCAAGGCACGCAAGCUCAUCGACAAGACGCUCAAACACGCCGAUCAACCCGCCAAGCGCGGCUUCUUUUAGGCCUCACCUGAUCUCUCUCUCAAUCCUCUCUCUCUCUCUCUCUCUCCCUCUCUCUUAGAAAUCGAGGAGAGAUCAGUCGGGUAAAGGGAGAUGAUGAUGAUGAUGAUGAUGAUGAUGAUAAGUUCGUGUUCCGUUAGGAGUUGGUCUCUUUACUUUGGUUUUCGUUCUUUUUCAUCGUCGUUCUCGGGUCUGUACCUGCCAUUUCUGGGUUUCUGACUAGGUUUAGGGCGACACUGGAAUGAAAGGGUUCCGGUGUGCGGCGUUGGAGAGGCGUCGUUUGUUCCAAGUUUGAUUGUACAGAGAUAAGGGUUCCGUUGAAACAUAUCGUCCCAUCAAGCAA